ACAUAAGAUCAUUUGGUUCGAGCAUAAGAUAAUUAACCGUUGGUAAACAAAAGAUAAUACCAUCAUAACAAACCGUUGCACUUGUACAAGUCAAAGACCAGCAUUUUCAGUGGCCUCGUUGGAAGAGUAUCUCAUCCAAACCAAUGCUUCGAGAAACUUCUUAAUUCACCCAUCCUCAAGCCAAGAAAGCUUAUUCAUGAAGAAACUCUCUACCUAAAACGUGUGAACCGGAUAGGCAAAAGUUAAUCAAGUUUAAAAGAACAAAAGAAAAGAGGAAAAGUUACUUUAGUCAAACAAGUUACAUCGUGAUUUCUCCACGUAUCUAAAAUAUAAGGUUAAGUCUGCUUAAAAACAAAAAAAGAAAGAAAGACGCGAGGCAGAGUAGAGAGAGUUGUAACCCUAAAAAUCCCACAAAGUCUCUCAUCCGCAAGCAGUUCUCCGACGAAACAAUAUGAGUGCUAUCUACAAUACACAGGUGAUACUUCACGCUGGUCGUAAGACAUGUGUGUUUUGGGAUUUAGAGGAUUACCCAAUCCCAGAUGGUGUUGAUCCUGCUUCGUUUUAUCUGAAUAUCAAAGAAGCUAUCAAGAAGCUGGGUUGUCAUGAAGAGGUGUCAAUCCAGGCUUACGUUCCGGAUGAUGAUGAAUUGCGACGUAAAUAUGAGGAUGCUGGCUUCAUCAUCAAAUCCGAUCCCCAUGAUGGUAAAGAUGCGAGAAUUUGUACCAUGUUUGUGGAAUUGAGAUGUUGUGGGCAUUUGAAAAUCCUAAACUGACAAAUAUAAUUGUUCUGGCAAAAAACAUCGGUGACGACAUGGAUUAUCGUCUCGGAGGUUUGUAUGGCAGUGGUCAUCGUAUUCUCUUAUCUCAAUCUGAUCCAGAAUGGGACCUUCUUCCUAGUGAAGUCUCAACAUGGUUUUUGACUAGCCUAUUCGAUGGCCCUAGCGGAACCUCACAACGUCUUGACAAUAAGAAGCAGAAGAUGUUCUCAUAAGGAUCACAUGCGUCAUUCGUUCAACAACAAUCACAGUGGAGGA